AUGUCAUCAGAAGAGGCCAAAUUCCACAAAGAAAAGGGCAACGAAGCCUUCAAACAGAAAAGAUACCACGCCGCCGUGUUGAGCUACACGAAAAGCUUGGAAUCUUCGGCGGAUCCCGUUGUUUUUGGUUGGAAAAUUCCAAUUUUCGACGAUUUUUGUAUAAAUUUCUUGUAGGAAACCGGGCCCAAGCUUUUAUCAACCUAAAACAGUACUUAUUGGCUCAAAUGGACUGUUCCAGAGCUAUUGAGUUGGAUCCGAAGUUGCCGAAAGCUUAUUACAGGUAACAAAUAAGGAAAAAAUAUUGAAGUUCCUUGAAAAUUGGUCGUUUUUUUCAAAAAUUUGUGGGAAGAAUUAUUUUUUCAACUUGAAGUUAAGUCUAAUUUUACAGCCUUUUCUGAUCCCUUAAGUUUCCCCUAGAAAGUGACUUGAAUAAUUUUGAGCUUUUAGUGAUCCCUGUAGUAGUUGAGAAAGCUCUCGCUUCUUCUGUCGAGUCGGUCUAGUGACCCCUUAAGUAGCGUCAGCACCCUUAAGUGACCCCUAGAAUUGCUCAGAUUUGGUUUUAGUUACGCAGUGUUUGCGAGAAUUCCCGGAAAAGAACUAGGAAAAUCUUUAGUGGCCCCUUGAGUGGUUCCUCAAGAACCACUUGGGGAGGACACAAGGUGGCCUCUAAGAACACUUCUUAGGGACAUUCUUAGAGGCCCUCAAAGGCCCCCUUCAGGAAGCACUUUACCGCUCCCUAUAGGGGUCACUCAAGCUUGUAAUAGUGGCCCCUAUAGGGGGCAAUCCAGUCAAGGGGCCAAUAUUUUGUCUAGUUACGUUGAGCUGAAAAUAGUAGUGAUUUACUAUCACAAAAAAAGCCCUUAAAGGGUCACUAAGCUUUUAGUCCCUAAAGUAGUUACUUGAUCGCAAAUAAGAGUUCUGAAUUAGAAUUUUCGAUGUCUUGGAUAUAUUCUAAAAAAAUAAUAAAAAAACACAAUUUCGAAGUUACAUUUUUAGGUUUUUUCGAGGAUCAUUCGUGGGACGAAUUGAACUUUAUCAUUAUUUUUCAUUUUAUGUGUAUUUUCCAGACGAUCCCUCGCUUUGAAAGAGCUUGGUCUGUACGAAGAAGCGAGAAAGGACGCCGAGAAAUGUUUGAGAUUGGCCGAGGAUCCGAGUACGAAGAAGCUGCUGGACUCUUUGAUUGGAAAGGUGACAUUUGGAGUUAGGAACUCCAAAGUGGUCCCUAUAGGGGCGUUCUUAGAGGCCCUCUUCAGGGAACACUCUAUAGGGGUCACUGAAGCUUGUAAAAGUGGCCCCUAAAGGGCACACGCUAGUCGAUCAUUUUUAUGAACUCUAGAAGCAUUGCCAUUCGGACAAUAAUCAGAAAAUAAUGAUCACCCAAACUUCACCCUAUAGAGGCGAUUUCGUCCCAUUUACUUGGGAACUUCAGAGGGGUUUCUAUGGGAUAACCUUAGGACCUCAUGAUGGGUCCCUCUCUAGAGACCAUUUUACUGACCCCUUCAGGGGUCACUAAACCUUGCAAAAGUUCCCUUAACCUCUAUAGGAACCACUCUGGAACUCCUAAGCAGGGGGUCCCCGAACUCCUAUAGGGGCCACUACACUAAGAAUAACUGCCGAGAUAAACGCGAGACACUGGCGGUACAUUGACGAGCUCGCAAACAUCUCGCUUUUUUUCUCGCGCCGGUCUCGCAUUUUUCUGGGCGCCAGCUCGCACUUUUCUAGGCGCGAGCUCGCAUUUCUCUCGCAAUUUGAAAAUUUCCGAAAUGCAAGAUAAAUGCGAGAUGGCGCCGAGAAAAAUGCGAGGUCGCGCCGAGAAAAAAAUGCUGGAUCGCGCCUAGAAAAAAAGCGACAUUUUUUUGCGAGUUAGUCAAUGUACCGCCACCGAGCUCGCGUUUAUCUCGUCAGUUAUUCUUAGUGUAUGGGGUUUCAAAACUUUUCGAGGACAUUUUUUGAUUAGAAAAGUCAUAAAAUAGCAAUCUAUCAUUGAAAAUUACAAAUUACCUAUUUUGCAAAGUUUCAAACGAAUAACGCGUCAAUUUUGAAAUCGCCGAAAUUUUUUUCGAACUUUGAAAAAUCGUUUCUUAUUCAAAGAUAUUGGUUAGAGGAUUUCAAAAAGUCGUGAAUUUACCUUCAAAAAAACCAGAUUUUUUUCCUAAAAAAAGUUCAAAAUUCGUCUUUUUCUUUUUUUAUUAGCAGUUAAAAAAAUCUUUUUCAGACCAAUGCUGCGGUUAUUGACAUUAGUGCAGUGGAGAGAGAUGAAUAUUUGGCGAGUCAAGUCGAUUUUUUUGGAUAUUCCGAUAGAAUGCGAUGCUGUGGUUCCAGUGGCACAGGAGGUAAUUUUCAAAAAAAUCUAAAGAGUUUAGAAAAUUUCGAAAUAAAAAAACUUUUUUUCCUCUCAAAUUUCGAAAUUUCUCUAGGAAAUUUUUGUCACUAAGCUCUAUUUUAUUAAAGGAUGAACGAAAAAAAAAAAAAAUGCGAUUUUAAAUUUCAUAAAUAGAAUCUUUUGUCACAGUUUUCAAGACCGAAUUGUGAAUAAAAUUCCAAGAAAAUGGCCGGGAAUAGAGAAUUUAAAUUGUUCAUGACCUAUGUUGAAAAUUCAGUCUUUUUUAAAAAGCGACACGUUUUGUCAUAUAGUCAAUGUUUCCCGACUUGAAAGGCGAGGGAGGCGGGGCAAGGGGCGGGACGCGUAGCGUGUGCGUUCGCGGUCCUUGGCGCAUGUUCAAUUCAACCGCCAUCGACCCUUUGAGAAGCCCGUUUUUUGCUCUUUUCAUUCCUUUUUCAAUUAUUUAUUGAUUAUGUUUAUGUGUGCAUCAAAAAAUAGUAGAAAAAAUUGAAAAAAAGCGGUUGCCGAGCUUUUUAAAUAGUCGGCGGCAAUUGAAUUGAACUCGUGCCAAGAACCGCGAACGCACACGCUACGCGUCCCGCCCCUUGCCCCGCCUCCCUCGCCUUUCAAGUCGGGAAACAUUGACUAUACCUCGAUUUCUGUUCAAAAAUGGGAUUUUUCAGUUGGAAAUUUUGGUCAUUCAAUUUUUUUUUCUUGGAAAAACAAGUUUAUUUUUUUUUUCCCCUCGAAAAAGGUACUAAGAACAGAGAAUAUAAUUCAAAAAAUUCAUGACGUUUGAAAAUUCAUUAUUUUUCCGAAAAAAGGAUAUUCAGGCGAGCUGUUCUACCCAAAAUGACCCAAUCGACAACAAAAAGUCGAUUCCGACCUUGCCGAAGACUUUUGCGGAUUUCGCAGCCGACGCCAAUUAUCUGUCAGAUUCGCCGGAUCUUUUUGCUCAAUACUUUUUGGUCUGUUAAAAAAAUGCUUGAAAAAAAAAUGCUAAUGGAAACUUUAGCAAAUCCCCGAAAGCGAUUAUUCAUCACUUUUCGAUGAUUUGAUCACGACGGAGUCGGUUGCACUUCUUCUGAAGGGAUUGGCUCUUUUGGUGGAGAGUCAGAGAGUCAACGUCAGUGACGUCACCAGAAGACUUUUGGCGCUGUCGCAAGUUUCCCGCUUCGAACUUGUUACCAUGUUCUUGGGCGCCAACGAGAAGCAAGGUUUGAUUUUUUGGGGAAGGCUAUUUUGGGAGAUUAAAGUGCGCUCUAUUGACAAAAUGUUCAUUUCGAGCAAUUUUGUUGCUCCCUUUAUCCAAAGAGCAUGUUUGAUUUUUAGGUAAAGCCUUUUUGUCAGAAUUAAUUGCUCUCUAUCGACAGAUUUGUUAUUUAUGAAUUUUCAACUCAUUGUUUCUAUCUGAUACGAUUAUAGGCUUUUAAGGGAGAAUCAAGUGCGCUCCAUUAAGAAAAGUCGCAUUUUCGAAUCCUUAACCCGAAUUUUGGUUUUUAUUAGUUUUUAUUAGCCGAUUUUUUGUCGGCUGUUUGUGAAGAAUCAAGUGCGCUCUAUGGACAAAAUGUUCAUUUUGAACCUUAUACGUAUUUUUUGUUUCUAUCAGCCUCAAAGAGCCAUUUUUUUUUUUUUUGGUGAAGGCUGUUUAGGGAGAUUCAAGUGCGCUCUAUUGAUAAAAAGGCGACUAAGCCGAAUCGUCUGUAUUUUUGGUCAAAAAAACUGCUCGAAAAUCUAAAUAAUAAAGAAAUUAUGUGAAAAAUCUUUUUUUUUUCUGUCAAAGAGACAAUUCAAUUUUUUUGGAACUGUGCCAGUUUCUGAAAAACUGAAAAUUUUUAAGAUUUGGCGGCGAUUUGCGCGAAACUACCGGCGGACGAGUCGACCAUCCUUUUUGAUCGAUUUUUCGUAAUUUUGUCCAUUUUUUUCAAUACGCAAAGUAAAUGUUGCAUGAAGAAUUUAUUAAAACACGAAAAAAAGAAAGAAAAAUAAAAAUAAAAAAAGGUAAAAAAAGACUCGUAUGAAAGUUGAAGCCUAAUACAAUUGUUGUAUGUUAAUCUCACCGGGGCUUUUUUUUAUUUCACCAAAAAAUGAAUAAACUGAAUAUAUCUGAGGCUCGUUUCGAACUGAAAAAAAGGAAAAAAAAAAUGAGAUUCGUUGGAAAUGGAAAAGGAAGUACAUACAGAGGGGACCUUCGAAGGUUUCGAUCUUGAAAAAUAGAAUAAAGCAUAUUUUGAAACAAGGAAACCGCUUCGAAAUGCACAGAAAUCCAUGAAAAUGAGCAAAAAUGCUCCAAAAUGCAGCAUUUCAAAACAUGCUUCGGUUUUCUAGAGAAAAUUCUGAAAGGCAAAAUUUUGAGAGAGAUAUUCAGAUUGGGUCAGAUUCGUAG